AUGCCCCACAGAAACACCGUCACCUGGAACGUCAUGAUCACCGCCUACUCCCGACAACAGGGUGACCUCAAAACCGCCCGCAUCCUGUUCGACGAAAUGCCCCUUAGAAACCAGUCCUCAUGGUCCGCCAUGAUUACUUCAUAUGUCGACCGAUCCCUCUGGAACAACGCCCUUGCACUCUUUCGCCAGAUGACGCACUGCGAGUGGUUAAAGCCCGAUCGGCUCACCGUGGGCCCGAUUUUAUCUGGAUGCAGCCGGAUGGGUUCGGCCGGGUUAGUAUUUGGAAAAUCCAUACACGGGUUUAUUUUCAAGAACAGGUGGGAGCUGACUGUGGAGAUCGGGACCUGUCUUGUCGACAUGUACGCAAAGUGCGGGCUUUUAAACAAGGCUCGCUCGGUUUUUGAGAUGAUGGAGAGCAGCAAUGUGGUGACGUGGACAGCACUUAUCUGUGGUGCGGCUCAGCACGGUUACUGCACAGAAGCUCUCCAAAUGUUUGAGAAGAUGAGAGAACAGUGUGUGGAGCCGAACGAGAUUACCUUCACUGGGAUACUCACGGCCUGCGUGCAGGCUGGGCUUGUGGACGAGGGCCGCAGGUAUUUCGGGCUUCUUCAGCAUGAAUUUGGGCUGAGGCCCACAAUUCAACACUACGGGUGCAUGGUGGAUCUGUUUGGCAAAACGGGUCUGCUGGGAGAGGCGUACGAGACCAUCAACAAGAUGCCGUUUGAGGCGAAUGUGGUGAUAUGGGGUUCGUUUUUGUCGGCUUGUAAGGUGCACAAGAAGUUUGAGAUGGCCGAGAAGGUGAUGGAUAAGGUGUUGAAGAUGGUGAGGCCGGAGAAAGAUGGUGGGGUUUUCUCACUUGUGUGUGAUCUGUACGCGUUGAACGGUAGGUGGAGUGAGGUGGAGAGAGUGAGGGAUUUGAUGCUCAGCAAGAAUGUGAGGAAAGUCAGGGGAUCGAGUUUCGUCCAAAGUGGAGACCAGUGA